UACAGUAAGCGUGGGUCUCCCGGUUUGUCGUCUCCCUCCCCUUUUCUGUUUCCGCCUGUCUCCUUCCAUUUCGAAGUUUGAAGAAAUAACUUCUGGGUUUUAAUUUUCGAGCAUUUGUUUUAGCUUUCAAGAGUUUACAUCAUGAACACCGCUCUUAAGCUUGGGUCUCUACCAGUAAUGGGAAUCAAUGUGACCAAGAACUAUGGAAGUUUGAAGGCUAGUAAAGUUAAAGUUUUUGCUGUUGAUGGAGCUGGUGAUGCUGAGUUUCCUUCAUUCCUUCCAAAAGAGGUAGAGAAAAUCAAAGACCCAUUUGCUAGAUCUCUGUCUAAAAGAAUGAAGAGGUUACCUGUGCAGAUAGGAAAGUCAGAAAGUUGUAUCAUGAGCAGUUGUGUUAAACCACUGAGACAAAGUAACAAAACCAGUCCAGUGGUUCUUCUUCAUUGCUUUGACAGUUCUUGUUUAGAAUGGAGAUGCACGUAUCCCUUGCUUGAGGAGGCUGGUUUGGAAGCUUGGGCUGUUGAUGUUCUUGGGUGGGGCUUUUCUGAUUUAGAAACUCGGUCACCAUGUGACGUAGCAUCCAAGCGUCAUCACCUUUAUCAGGUUUGUUCUUUACAGGUUGAAAAGCUGGUUUUGAUCAACCCAAGUGUGUAUGCUGAAGGCACGGGAGAUCUUGCGAAGUUACCAGAAUUGGUAGCCUAUGCUGGGGUUUCUUUCUUAAAGAGUCUCCCAUUACGCUUUUAUGCAAAUAUGGUGGCCUUCAAUGGCAUUCCAUUCUUUACAAUCUUGGACUGGACUAAUGUUGGCCGGUUACAUUGUUUGCUACCAUGGUGGAGAGAUGCAACUGUCAGUUUUAUGUUGAGUGGGGGCUACAAUGUUAUUUCCCAGAUAAAACUGUUAAAGCACAAAACCCUUAUCAUAUGUGGCCAGCACGAUCAGAUUGUGAGCUACCAGCAUGUAGUGAAAUUGCACUCUGAACUAUCCAAUGCAAUUAUUCGAGAAGUAUCUGAUUCUGGCCAUCUUCCUCACGUGGAUAAUCCCAAAGGCGUUGCCAAAUUGAUUGUUGAUUUUGCUUAAGGUGACGCUGAUGUUAAUGCCAAGAGCCAAUUCCGUUUGGCUCAGUUAACGGCUUUACCUAUACAGUAAGGCUCAUGGCAGGGGCAGGUAAUGAAAUGAUUACCCUCAGGUCAGCAGGGGGGUACUUGGUUAAUAGAAUUAUAUCCUUCCAUGUUAAUUUUCUGUACAUAUUAUGAAAUAAAAAUGUUGUCGAACACUUUUUGAUUUAUGUACAGUUUAUCCUAACGCAAUAUAUUUGCUGAACUUUGCG